CGUCAUCUUGUAAGUUUUAUCGAGGGUCGCAAUAACGCCGAAAUAUUUCAGUGUGAGAAAAAUACAGUGGCCAAGAAAUUGUGUUGAAUACAACCGAAAAUUCAAAUUCACAACAGAGAAAUUAAAGAAAACGAAAGAGCAAAGCUGUGGCCAGCGGCGCGAAGACGGUGGACGAGUUGGCGAUAAUCAAGAAAAAUGGCUAAUGAAGCUGCCGCGAGUGGUGGUGUCUCCUGCGUUGGAGUUGCUGAUGAGUUUGGACCAUCAUCGGGGGGGUCGUCUCCGAAAAGUAGGAUGAAGUUCUUGUGUAGCUAUGGCGGGAAAAUCUUGCCGAGAGCCGCUGAUGGCCACUUAAAGUAUGUCGGCGGUGAGACGCGUGUCAUUGCAGUUCCGAGGGAUAUUAGCUUCUCAGAGUUAAUGAAGAAGCUUAGUUCAGAAUUUGAAGGUGAUAUGGUGCUGAAGUACCAGCUGAUACCUGAAGAUCUUGAGGUGUUGGUCUCUGUAAGAAAUAAUGACGAUAUGAAGCACAUGCUUGAUGAAUAUGAUCGCCAUGAAAAUGAAGGAGCUGCAAAGCUUCGAGCUUUCAUGUUCCCUUCCAAUCCUGUCAUUCUGGAGAACCAAAAUAUCCCUGCAGAUCCUCAAGCAAUAGAACAACAUUAUAUCGAUGCCAUCAAUAAUACAGUUCAUUCAUUUUCCAAUUUUAGACUUCCCCUUGUCAAUGUGAAUCGCUCCAGCUUUAGCCUCUCGGCUUGCUCUUCUCCGAAAGGCAAUUCCCCUGAUGGUAUUACUGUUGAUUCUGUGACCCAUGAGCCCACUUUCAUGAAUAGCUAUCACAAUCAUAGUACUAGAUUUCCUAUGCAUAAAGUACAUAGCUCUCCUAGUCUCUACAAUCUCAAUACCCAUCACCACCAAACAAACAACAACUACAGCAAUCACCAUUUCUAUCAGCACCAUCACCAAUACUAUCAACACCACCAGCAACACCAUCCACAUGGCUAUCAAUCUUCGAGACUGGCUAACGAACCUUACAGGUUGACACCUUCUUUUUCAUAUGGACGGCUAGAUAUCGGAAGGUAUCACUCAAAUGUACAAAGUGUGGGGAACUCAAAUGUACAUAAUAUGGUGAGUGGAAACUCCAGCUAACAUGGUUACCAUGAUGAUUACUCUCCGUGUGGGUGUAGAACAAUCGAGAGAUUGGAAAGUCUUUCCUCCAAGUCUCAGGAAUGAAAUUCUGGAGUGGGGCAUAUAUAUGAGAUAAUUGGGAUUUGACUUGCUGAUUUGAGGAGCUUAAAGAUGACAUAGAAGAUUUUUCUUUUUAGCUUCAUUCUAUACAUAUUCUUGUUUGCUAUCCCUAAGGAAGAAGAAGAGAAAAAAGAUACAAUGUUUACCUUUUGUUUUGGGUGUAUUGUAUGGUUGUGUUGUAGGGUUGAGUAGGUCUAAUAUAUUACUUGCGAUGGAACUGUGGAAACCUUACAGAACAAAGAAGCCAUAGUGACUGUAUUUGAAGA